GGCGCAUUCGAGCACACACCCGCACACACUCCGUAGCAUGUCGUCUGCGCCGUGAGGGCCUUCUCGCGAGCGUUAGUUUAUAGCCUUGCAUGCUUGUGCCUCGAUAGACCGUUCAAGGCGCGCACCACUCCUCUGCACGUAGAUAGUUUCACUAGUUCUAGUCACUUCUUAUCCUAGCUCCUUGCGAAACAGCGUGCCAACGCCCGUAAACAAGGCCGAGCCUGCUGCCCAUCGCUCAGGUGUGAUCGAGGUGUGCGUGUUGUGGUGCAACAACCAUCACAGGCGCGCCUAUCAAAGAGGUGUGGCCCCGAAGCGAGCUCCUCAAAUCCUCCCCCGCUAGCCUGUGACUGUGAGUGUACGAAGUUGCCGCAGUCAUGGAAUCGUCGGCACCGUCCCAAGAGGCCCCGUCCCAAAAAUCGGACGCCGAGCAGCCGUUGCUUCCGGGACGGGACUCCCAGGAACAGCGUCCCCCGACUCCUCCGGUGCCGAUGGAGAGGCCCGCCUCGAAGCCGCCGGAGCCGGCGAAGCAGGCUCGAGAGAUACUGCGAACCACGCUGGGAUCGCUGGUGUACAAGUUUGCCAAGGGAAUCCUGAUCGCGGGGAGCCUCUACCUUAUGGGCUGGCUGAACCUGAGCCCGGCCUGGCUCCUCAUAGGGGUGGGCUCCUACGUCGCGCAGAAGAACUACAUCGAGCAGAAGCGGAUACGCAGCGGCAUCACCAGUGCCGACCAAGAGAAGGCCAGCAUCCUGGCCACGAUCGAAGACCUGCCCGCAUGGGUGUUCUUCCCUGAUACAGAGAGAGCUGAGUGGGUCAAUAAGAUCCUGUGCCAGUUCUGGCCGUUUGUUGGGGACUACGUCAAGGACCUCAUUCUCGAGACCAUCGAGCCGAGCGUGCGCUCUUCCCUGCCCGCAUACCUGAGCAGCUUCAAGUUUGAGAAGAUUGAUCUGGGUGACGUGCCUCCCAGGAUUGGAGGAGUGAAAGUGUACAAGGAGAAUGUGGCGAGAAGUGAGGUCAUCAUGGACAUGGAGCUGUUCUAUUCUGGUGACUGCAAGUUUACAAUCAAAGUGAAGGGCUUUAAGGCUGGCAUUCGAGAUCUUCAGAUACACGGCAAUGUACGGGUGGUGAUGCGGCCCCUCACUAAGCAGAUUCCUCUGGUCGGUGGUGUGACUGUGUUUUUCCUCAGACCUCCCGCUAUUGAUUUCACCCUGACCAAUCUGGGGCAAGUCUUGGAAGUUCCAGGGCUCAAUGACCUUUUGAAGAAGGCAGUCUCCGACCAAGUGGCGGCCAUGAUGGUGCUGCCAAACAAGUAUUCAAUGAAGCUUCAGGAGCACGUCUCAACCCAGACACUGCGGUACUCUCUGCCUUGUGGUGUCCUUCGGAUUGAAGUCGUGGCAGCAAAGGACUUAGUCAAGGCAGACAUUGGUAUGCUAGGCCUGGGAAAAUCAGAUCCUUAUGCCAUCAUCACUGUUGGUGCCCACGAGUUCCGCACCCAAGUCAUCCCCAACACCGUGAACCCCAAGUGGAACUACUACUGCGAGGUUGUUGUCUACCAGAUUCCCGGAGCCACCUUGGACAUUGAAGUGAUGGAUGAGGACCAGAGCAGCAAGGACGACUUCCUGGGCAGGGUGUCUGUCUCUGUGAGUGAUAUUGAAAGCCAGGGCCAAGGAGACAUGUGGUUGACCCUGGACGACACGAAGUCGGGCAAGAUCCGCCUACGGACCUCCUGGCUCAGUCUGUCCACAAACACGGACGACCUGGCUCUGCAACUGGAAGAAGUCAGGGCCAUCUCUACCAAGACAGUGCUGUCUUCAGCUGUGCUCAUUGUAUUCCUCGACUCCGCAAAGCACCUUCCGAAUGCGACCAGAGCAGCCGGCGAGCCCAGCCCCCAGGUACAUCUGGUGGUGGGCCAGCAGGAGCGCUGGAGCUCCAUCAAGCACAGCACCAAUGACCCUGUCUGGGAGGAGAUCUUCUACCUGCUCCUCAGCAACCCAGAAGUCCAGGAGAUGGAGGUCAAGGUGAUGGACAACAAGUGUGGGCAGGUGUUGGGCCACUUGAGUUUCCGGCUGUCGCGCCUCCUGAAGGAAGAAGGGCUGAAAGUGGACGAACCACUCAUCCUGCUCGGGACAGGACACCAGGCAAAGCUGCUGAUCACGCUGCAGCUGCGAAUCCUUACCAGCAACAAGCGCAGAACAUCAACCGUGGAGCCCCUGUCCAGGGUAAACCGGGGCAGCAUGCGAGUUUCAGAGCACGAGGAUGUCACCCCUUCACACAGGCCUUCCGUCGAUGAACGGACCAGUCCACCGUCCCCACGCAAGACGCUACCACCUCAGGUGCCGUCGCUGGACGAAGUGGUGCAUUCUACAGUGUCGCCCAUCCUAGACAGCAUGGCCAUGGGAGAAGGGCCACUCGAAGCCAGCCACAGGGACCCGCAGAGGGAGGUGCUGGGAGACCCAGGAGCGGGCAAGCUUCAGCUGACCCUCCGAUACAGCGCCCAGAGGAGUCGCAUGGUGGUCGUUGUCCACCGAGCUGUAAACUUAGUCCACAAGGAGGGUGACGACCUGCCGGACCCUUAUGUCAAGCUGCAGCUGCUGCCUGACCGAUCCAAGGACAGCAAGCGCAAGACUCAGAUCUGCCGGAACACCUGCAACCCCGUCUUUGACGAGACGAUGGAAUUUGAGGCAGCGCUGUCAGACUUGGAAGGCAGCACCCUUCAAGUGCUGGUCAACUCCAAGAGCGGUUCGUCCAUGUUCUCCCGUGGCAAGACGCUGGGACGCACGCAAGUCAGCCUGGCCAACCUGGACCUCACCAAGGCACUCACAGACUGGUACGAGCUGGAGCCGGAUACCUAGGCUGACUUUUACCCAGGUUGUGAGACGAGUUCAUUCAUCCUCAAAACGUUGUGCAGGAUUCUACGACAGACUGAGAGUCCGUCGCAAAAGAAAACUGCGUUGUUGUUUGUUAUUUCUGUUUUUUAGUGUUUUUUUUUUUGCUUGCACUUAGUGAUAGUGUUUAUGAGCAGAAAGGGAUUUUGGGUGACGCCGUGGCGGUACAUUAUAUUACACAUGCAAGUCGCCUAAGCCUUCUAUGUAGCAUAGUAUACUUUAAGAAUUUGCCACGUGGCUUUCAGAAGAAUAAUAGGCUGAUGUGAGCACUUAAUUAGUCAUCACUUAGGAACUGCAUAAGCGAUUAUAGAAAUUUGGAAUGACGCUUGUAUAUAACACUUGGCUUCUAAUGCUCACUGUGAAAGGUUUAGGCUGUAUGACCUGACUGGUUAAUGGCUUUAUAAAUGUCUUUCACUGAGGUACAAAAUUGAGCCUUUUUGAAAAUUAUACAUUUUACGGAUAUAUAUAUAACCGCAUGAAUGAAACUUAAGGGACACAUGGAGCGCGUAUAUGCUUCUUUUUGUUGUUGUUUUCUUUCUUGUUAUCAUUGUUGUCUGUUUUACCUCAAAUACAAGAGGAUCUUUUAGAAGACGCACAGCGCAUUGUGUACUGUACAAAUUGUGUGCAGUGAGAAAGUGACGUCCAGCAAUUGUGCCAUUACCUGUGAAUUCAUGUUGUUCAUAAUGCUCUUCCGGCACCUGUUUGUUUUAAUUGCACGGCUACUUAGUGCUAAAGAAAAUUCCAAAGAAACAAAGCUCUUUACGUUUUCAAUUUCUUUAAUAUUUGGCUUAUGUUAGCCACAUUAUUUUAAGCCAUUGUUUACUUAUUGUCACAUGUGUUCCAACAUUGAGACCUAACGACAUAACCUUGUGGCUUUAUGGAAAAAUGCAAGAAAGAUUCACUAUGUCACUUUUAAUUUGUUGUGUGCAGCUUCCAUUACAAAUUUUAUUCUGAUGCCUGUGCUGAAGGGCAGGACUUUAUCGCAAUUUUAUCUUAUCUCUUGCUAGUGUGGACUGAUUACGGAGUGUUGAAAGGCGUUUACUGAGGAUGUUUUGAAUUAAUGUGUUGUAUUGCCAUGUGUGACUUUUAUGGUCAUGUACUCCAUACAGAGCGCACUUUAUAUGUGCUUCAGGACGCUCAAUGAUUUGGACGCAAGGCUGUGAAUAUUAUGCGCAUUAUGCGCUAUCUUGACAAUGCCCUGGUGUAAUUUAAUGCUUUCCUACAAUGAAAUUUUCCUAUUACAAGAAAACAAAACAGAACGCCAAUGAAAAGGACACGAUAAAAAGGUUUGAGAAAAGGUUUAAGCUUCUGUAUAGAAACCUUGUUCACUAGAGCAAACAAAAUGGUAUUUUAAACCUUUCUUCAUUUUUCAAGCCAGGCUAUACUGUAAUAUGCCGAUUACUGUAUUUACUCAUUUCUAAGCACCGCCUACCCCCUUAUUUUUUUCUAUGACCUAGCGGACAUAGUGAGGCUUAAUCAAGGUUGUAGUAGAAGUUGUAAACCAAUAAUUUUCAGUUGUAGUUGAAUAUUUGAAGAAAUUGUAGUCACAUAAAGUAGUACUUCCACUUGAAGCAAGUGUUAAGUAGUGUCAUUGAGCGGAAUUACAGGCUGGAAGAGACGAAGUGGACAGGACAGGUACUUCGUCUCUUUCUGCCCAUAAUUCGGCUCAAUAACACUACGUGAUGCACCAAAUGGCCCAACAGCCUACGCUUCUAAAAAGCAGGUGUUAUAUUUUUAUUAAAUAUUUCAAACGUUCACACAGCCCUAGUCCUGAGAGAUUAGGUUUAGGUUUAGAAAGGGUGCUUACAUUAAAGAAAAUACGGUAGUUCUGUCAUGUGUGCUUUUUAUCUGUAAUCAAGGUGCCUUUCUAUGGUUACAUUUUUUUUUAAAGCUUUGUUCCUGCUUGCAUUGAUUAUUUAUGUUAUCCUAUUUUUUCUGUCGUAAAUGUUCUCCCCGCACCAACUGCACGUGGUCGACAGAAAAGGCUGCCACUUUAGUAUUCAUACCAUUGAAAAAAAUUCUUGCGGGUUUUUAUGUACUGUCAUAUUUUGCCGACGCAGUUGCUACUUUUAUCUUGCUUUUAAGGAGCACUUCUGCUUCUGUUGAUGCUAUAUGCUGGCAUUUCUUUCUAGUCAUUUGUUAACAUUUAUCGUUCUCCUCCCGCUUGUGCUACGCUUGUUUUCUCUUUAACACCCAAGUGAUCCCAGGUGAGAUCGAAAUAAACUCAAAAGUGCGCAGAAUUAGCACUUUUUUCUUUUGAAGUGAGCUGUGCAUGUUGCAUGUGUUGUGUCUGUGAAAAAAACACUGCCUUUUUUAUUUUGUUUUGUUUGAUGGGCAGUGCUAAGUUGACACUUCACCCUCCUGGUCCAAUUUGUAGUUGGCCGAUUGAUUGAAAAACGUGCAUUGUUUUAAUUGCAUUUUUGUUGAUUGUCUGGAUAGAGGUGCUGUAUUGUAGGCAUGAAUAAUUGCUGCUUGCAGCUUUCCUCUUGCCACAGGCCUUUUCACAUAAGUUUGAGCUAUGGCAUCCAUCUUAGGGGGGGUGGGGGUGGUUGCGUCUUAUCAGCUAGUUGCAGAAAAUCUCUCGGACAACAACUCUGGAUUACGUGUUGAAGUAAUGCUAUGAGGCAAACUAGUGUUCCCGUUUGACACCAGGGGCAGUCAUAAACCCCCCUUUCCCCCUUUCCCUUUUUUGUCUCCCUGUGUGCAUUCCUAUAUUGCUGCAUUGCCAUGUGGAAUAUUAUGUGAAUGUGGUAAAUUAUGUGACAGCUUUUUGAAUGAGGAAUUUGAGAAAAACUGUGGUAUCACUUAAACAGAAUGAAACCAACUUACUGCUGUGUCUCCAGUGUGACCCUGUUUUACCAAGCAACCCAUUUCCCGAAGGUGUUGUUGACGCGACUGUACGAUACACGCAAUGUUUUGCAGUAAAGGCUGUUUAUGGUUCGCAAUGUUAACUUUUCUCCUCCGUGUGUGCGUUGUGCAUGACGCCACUACUGAGAGAGCCGCCGCGGAGAGGUUGUGAAGGACUUAGCAGGGUCUGUGCAGCACAAAGAGAAGCAUUCGUGCGGACAGAUUCGUCAGGAGUAGCACUAUGAUAGCAUGCACUUGUAUCAGCAGAUAGCCUGUGUGAACACUCGGCACACUAUGCAUGUGCAUCAUGUCAGCAUGUAAAGGCUGAAUAGGAACAACAAGAGCUGAUUGGGCACGUUGGUACGUGGUGAAAUAAGUACCAGCAGCGCCAAACUAUACAAUAACAAGAAGGGCAAUGCACACGGUUGCUCGUGUGUGGUCUUGCUAAUUAUCCUUCUCAUUUAGCACUGCUCAUACUUGUUUUGGUCGAGUAGGAAAACUACGGGGUCGCACUUUUCUGUUAAAGCAAGUGCAGUCGCUGCUUUUCUAGCAAGAGUCAUCUGCUGCACCCGCAGAAAAGAGAGCAAGUGGUGUUCGCGGCUACGAUGCGAUCGUGUUGCCAGGGAGAGCUGUGUGGCUUAACGGCGUUGUGGCAAAGAAAGUGAGCAGAGCUGCACAGUAAGAAACUGACUUCAUUUACAGUUUUCCUUGCAGAUCAAGAUUUUCUUUGAAUUACUAAGAAGAAGCUAUUUCAGGCCAUUUACGCAAAUAGCAUAUUCACAAGUGCGAAAAAAAGAGUUGUCACUAAGAGUCUGUAGAUCAGGAAGACAAUGAUACCAACAAAAAAUGCUGGAGGCACCAAAAUCAAGAUGCUGUAGUGCAAGUGCAGGAAGCCGAGACAGGACUAGGCAAGAGUAUAACAACACAAAACAAUGAGUCUCGCCGUGCAUUAUAUAACGGUGGCUAUAAAGUGCUAUAUGUUUUAUCGCCUUGGUUCCGCAAAGACGAAGGAGAGCAUAACAUCCCAUGUUGCAUGUGGUGUCUAUUGCAGUGCUAGAGUAGUAAUGUUUAAAUACAGUUGUCGCUGGUGGUUAUUAUCCCUGAAGCCAUGUUUGCCUAAUACCUACGUGCUGACCGUGCCUACACUGUUUAUCACGCCACACUCUUGUUCGCGAUCAUGCGGCCACUGCCUUUCCAUAUGAUGCCAUGCCUGCCAUAUUGCUUGCCCUCGCUUUGCUGUUAUAGCCGUUUCAGAAGGAGAGCCGUUUCUGUUCUGGGUAGCAGGGGAAUACCUUUCUUUCUAGAUGUUCACAAUAAAUGUAGGUGGACGAUGCCUGGCGGCGGCUGCUGGGUUCGAGAUAGUGUGCCCAUGCAUGGCCUAAUGGACAUGUAAAUCUGUGUGCAUUGCUUUUAACGGCGGGGCGUUGGUAAGCGUCUUCGUUUUGCCGGGUGUGCACUUUGCCUGAGGGCGCUGUCCCACUGCGCCGUGUGGCAAAGGGCGUUAUCAUUCUAUACACGUCAUUCCAUGGCAACACACUGCAAUGAGACUGCAAGCACCCUCACGCUGAGUGCAUAUCUGAUUAAACGAAAGGCGCUCAACAACGUUGGCGCUUGUGCAUGUCUGGGCUCUGCAUGUCUGAUAGGCUACGCAUGCUCCUGGGCACGCCCAGCAGCUGUAGCCAUGAGUCAUCAGGAUACACCAAAGGGGACCGCUCUACACAGCAGUGAAUGGCAUUGUACUUAUAGACUAUUGUUGUUGUUGAGAUGUAUUAACUUCUCCACCUCUCCUCGUGUGAGGCCGAUACUGCAAAGAGCUCCUGGUGCAUGCCAGCUGAAACUGGCCCAACUUCCUUAGCUCUCAGCAAACACCCUCAUAAAUGUACCUAAAAACAUGGAGAAAUUCCAGCAGUCGCUUCGUUGAUUUCAGCUAUGAGUGGAAUCUGGAGCACUCAACAAUGCAGUCUGUCAUGGCCUGUGUUUUGCUGUUAUGUUGAACCUCAUUAAUCAUUAAAGUCCACUGAGAAUGCAAUGUUGAUGGCUGUUUCCCACCUGCCACGAGUGUGGCAUUAUGCGAAUUGAAGAAAGCGCAGACAAGCUACUGGGAAAUGUGCUUCAGGACAUGAAACGUAAUUGAUGCCAUUGACACUGAGAGAUCAUCAUGCACAUUUACACGACUUGAUUUGAUGCCUCAGGUUUUUUUAUGUGGUCUCCUGGUAUGAUGUUUCAUGUGUGGUUCUACAAAGAAUUGUAUUUUAUAUGUUCCAAAUGGUCAAGUUCCCUUCUCCUGUUAUGGGCCGAUGACUGUCCGCCUUCAAUAUUUGUGCCAUACUAGUGCUUCAACAAAAACUGCACAUUGGAGCAUCCGUAUUGAACCAUUCAAUUGAAGGUCAUUGGUUCGUGCUUGACAAUGUACAAGUAGCACAUUAUUUUGCUGACGGUGGCUUGAGCGCAACUAUGUGAAUGCUGUUGCACAAUCAAAAGACGGGUUUGUUGUAAUGUCCAAGUGGAUGAUACCAGUCUCCAUUGUUCUUGUUGCGCUGUUGUUUGCCAGCAUUUUGCAUGGCAGGCUGAUAUGAUUGAUUUUACAUGCAAAUUUGGUCUCCAAGUGCUUUCCAAUAAAGACAGUUUCAAGAGCA